AUGGAAAUGAUUCUGGUUAAGGAUGAACAAUUCCAAGGAAGGCGACGCAUUUGCUCAGCCGAUGGUGAGAUACAAGCGACAAGGUGUGUCAAAAGAAGGCGAAGAGAUCCAGCUUCAGUUGCUCUUGGCUGUUAUGAUAAUCAAGGUCAGCAGCCACAGCAACAAAACGAUCAAACCAAUGCGGCUACCACAGUGAAAAGAAGUUCAAGGUUUCGUGGAGUCAGCAGACAUCGAUGGACUGGCCGGUAUGAAGCCCACUUGUGGGAUAAGCUCUCUUGGAAUGUUACACAGAAGAAGAAAGGGAAACAAGUUUAUCUUGGAGCUUAUGAUGAUGAAGAAGCCGCAGCAAGAGCUUAUGAUUUAGCUGCUCUUAAGUAUUGGGGGACAUCAACUUUCACCAAUUUUCCGAUAUCAGAUUAUGAAAAAGAGAUUGAGAUAAUGCAAACUGUCGCAAAAGAGGAGUAUUUGGCCUCAUUAAGAAGAAAGAGCAGUGGGUUUUCAAGAGGUGUAUCCAAGUACAGGGGAGUUGCAAGGCACCAUCACAAUGGAAGAUGGGAAGCAAGAAUAGGGAGAGUCUUUGGCAACAAAUAUCUCUACCUUGGCACUUACAGCACCCAAGAGGAGGCUGCUCGCGCUUAUGACAUUGCAGCAAUUGAGUAUAGGGGGAUAAAUGCUGUGACCAACUUCGAUUUGAGUACUUACAUUAGAUGGUUAAAGCCAGGGACAAAUAAUCCAGUUGCUGCUAAUGAAUCACUGGGGAUGGUGGAAUCUGAAUCAGUACCAUUAGCAAGUAGCUACAGCCCAAGAGAGGAGUCUAAGUCCUCAUUCUACCACUCAUUUGCUACAGAGUACUUGAACUCUCCACAAAAGCAAGAAGUUGUUGAAGGCAAAAUUCCUGUCAACUCAUACAACAAGUCUUCAUCACCUACAGCACUAGGCCUGCUCCUUCGAUCUUCCAUAUUCAGAGAACUAGUAGAAAAGAAUGCAAAUGUGCCUGAAGAUGAAAGCACUGAUGCAGAUGAUGAGCCAAAGAACCAACAAGCAGGAAGUGAUGAUGAGUUUGGUGGGCUAUUCUAUGAUGGAAUUGGUGACUUCCAAUUUAUCUGCUCUUCUGGUAAAGAUAGUAUAGAGUUGCAAGAAAGAGAGGUCCCCUUCAUUUUAUGA